ACGGCGGCGUCUGACCGAGUGAUGGCUUCUCCGCUCCUCCGCCGCUGCGUGCAGAUCGACGGGCUCAAGUCUCGCCCCGAGCUCAACGGCUCCUUCGGUAGCGCGCUCAACUUCGACGCGCUGGCGAACCGAUACCAGGUCAUCGUCGGCGUGAAGCGCAGCUUUGCCAUCAAGGCCGACAACCUGCACGACGUGGCCUCCGUGCGCUACCGCGCCCUCGAGGAGCGUGCCCAGAAGCGCGUGGACACGGUGCGUGCGAUGCUCGAGGCGGGCGAGGAGGCCCCGCUCGAGGACGUUGCCGAGGGCUCGAGCGCGCUGCAGGUGCUUACCCUGCUCUCCGCCGGCUGGGCGUGCGCCGAUUCAUUGCUCGCCAACCAGGCGGUCUCUCGCCUGACGGCGAUGGGGCCGGCCGGGCCGGAGAGCGCGGCGCUCCAGCCACUCGUCGCGUGCGACGCCGCCAGCCAUGCCGGACUGUGCGGUCUCGUCGACGCGAUGAUCGUGCAAAAAGUCGGCCGCCUUCCGUUCCGCGCCAUGUAUGAUCUCCUGUGCGACAUUGCCUGCGGCUAUCAACUCAGCAACAUCGCAGGCAAAAGCGGGCUCGCGGGCGUCGACAUGUUCGACUGCACAUCGAUGCAGGGCAUGGACACGCUGAUGCAAAAGUGCGCCGGCGACCCCAAGAAGAUGCUCGAGAUGCUCCAGACCAGCAUGGAGGUCUCGAAGAGCGCCGCCGCGUGGUCUACUUCCGCGGCGGGGCUCGCGUGCAAGCGCAUGCUCGGCGCCGUCGGCGCGGUGGACCUGGCCGUGCGCUACGUCUCCGAGUACGCCGCGCUUCUCGACGGCGGCCUGCUCGACGCGACGCGCGCCGAGCACGGCGAGGAGGCCGCCAACAGCGUCGAGUUCUUCAUGCGCUUGCCCGCGUACGCCUCGUGCAACCUGCUCAAGCUGCUGCUCCGCGUCGGGACCGCGGCGCUCGCGCAGCAGACCGUGCACCUGCUCGUCAAGGAGCGCCUCGCCGCCGAGGCGCGCAAGGAGGCGGGCGAGGAGGAGGAGGCGGACGCGGCGGAGAAGAUGACGCCCAUGAUGCUGCAGGAUGGCUUCGUCAAGUAGCGCCGCCGGACCGACGAGCUUCGAGGCGAGGCGACGCCCCGAAGUGUCAGUGGACGCUCGGGCAGACGUCAUGCAGCAGGAGCUGACGAUUCGCGUGGCCAUCGCGUGGAGGCGGUCGCCAGCGCGGGUGCUGUGGGUGGGCGGGGAGGGCGACGGGGCGGCGGCUGCAUCGAGCUGCGAGCGCGUGAUGGGUCUGUACAGCCGUCAUGCGUUGCGUAUGCGUCGCUGGGCCGCUCGUUCGGCGCAUCGCGCGCCUUGUGCAAAACGUGUGUGCGUGGGAGCAGGCGGCCGGUGCGCAGGCGGGUCGCGAGACGUGUCGCUGUCGGGUGGUGUGGGGUGGACAACACUUGCACGGGACUGGCGCGUGGCGCACUGGCACUAACGAAUGAAGUUGAAGAGUUUCGAUCGG